CCUAAAGAGGGCGCUAUUGCAGGCCGGGCCGAUUGUCACAAAAUGUCGAUACAUAAAUUGGCCGUUUUUCAAGAUGAAAAGAGCAUUGGGAAUGCUGUUUCCGCCGACACGCUGGUUAAACUGGAGAUGGAGGCUAAUGGGAUGAGGAAAAAUCUUGAUGUGACGCAGCUUUUUCUUGCACACAAGAACCUUGAAACAGUUUGUAGUUUUGGAAGCUUCAAGCAUCUGAAUGAAUUGUGGUUGAAUGGCAACAGACUUCGACAUGUUACCUGUUUGAAAGACAACCUCAGAAUUUCUCAUCUCUUCCUACAGGAUAAUGAGUUAGUGAGCAUUAGUGGGACAAUUGGUCAUCUAAGCUGUCUCCAGGUUCUGAUGCUUCAUAACAACCAGCUCUCUAAACUAGAAGAGACUGUUAAUGAAAUGAAGAAGAUGCAAGCUCUACACACACUAAAUUUAUACCACAAUCCUGUUGCCCAAGAGUAUGACUAUCGUCUGUUUGUUAUCUUCAAUAUUCCAACACUCAAGUUGCUUGACAGAGAAGAGGUUCAUGGAUGCGAGACUAGUGAAGCUGAACGCCACUUUAAACCUGAUAAGAAACAAGCAAAAGAUAGUGUAGCAUUUGGAAGAAGAAGGUCUAAGUCUGCAGUCACAGAUGCAGUAGGGUCCAUGAAUGCUUCAAAAGCCAAAAUCCACACCACACUGGCAGGAGAUUCUAUCACUCAAAGCGACAUUGAAAAUUCUCAACAGCUAUCGGAUAUUAAAGGUGGAAGAAGGAGGUCAGCUAUGCAGUAUUCUCACUUUGACUGGUCCAAAGUUCCGCUGGCGCAAGAAAGAAGGACAAACAAAACAUUUGACACUUCAUCAAAGGCACAAAUUGUCACGGUACGAUUUAGAUGAGGGACAUUAGUACAGAAAAGUUUUUUUGUUGACCACAGAUAAUUAAACCUGAAAAACUCUGCUCUUGUUCAUUAUCGACCGCUGCAGUCCAUGAUUUUGUUUCCCUGCAAUAUUAAGCAAUUUAUGGCGAGGUUUUAUGCAUUUAUAGAAACAUUUGACUGAACAUUUUGAGUAGUUGAUGUUUGUAAAGAAAGCAAUUAUGAUCAGAUUGCCAAGGCUGAAACACAUGUUGCAGCAUCAAAUUAAGCUCACGAUGUUAUUUGAAACAUGUGUAGAUGUUGUGAUAAAACACAAUGUUUUGUGCAUGGUUGGUUUAAAUUUAUAUCAAGUUUUGGGUACUUAAAAGGUAUAAAUUUAACAAAAUAUAUUUUACUAAAGCAUUCUCACCCCCCGCCCCCCAAGAAUUUUUUUUGCAAUUUAACAUUUCCAAUAAUACAAAAUACAAUAGACAAUUUAUUCUAUUACAUUUUGGUAAAUUCUAAAGAUGUUUCUAAAGUACUGCAGCAGACACAUCAAGGCUUGUUUUCCAUGAGGAAUCUUAUAGGGAAUCUAAAGGAAUAUACAGUUGACUCCCGGUAUUACUAGCUCGCGUAUUACUAGGUUCUGGUUACAAGUUUUUUUGCCAGUCCCAAAAUGCCCCAUGCAUAUUUGAAUGCAUUAAAAUAUGGAUUAUAGGAGCACGGUUCAUGUAGUAGCGAGAACACAGUAAUUUGGGCGGCAUGUUACGAAUAAAACGUUGUUUAAAACCCUUUUAUGAAUGUGGCAACAGGCACUGAAAAGGAAAAGAGAUCGAACACUUUAUGGCUGCAUAGUAUGAAUGUGGCAACAGGCACUGAAAAGGAAAAGAGAUCAAACACUUUAUGGCUACAUAGUAUGAAUGUGGCAACAGGCACUGAAAAGGAAAAGAUAUCGAACACUUUGUGUCUGCAUAGUAUGAAUGUGGCAACAUGCACUGAAAAGGAAAAGAUAUCGAACACUUUAUGGCUGCAUAGUAUGAAUGUGGCAACAGGCACUGAAAAGGAAAAGAGAUCGAACACUUUGUGGCUGCAUAGUAUGAAUGUGGCAACAGGCACUGAAAAGGAAAAGAGAUCGAACACUUUGUGGCUGCAUAGUAUGAAUGUGGCAACAGGCACUGAAAAGGAAAAGAGAUCAAACACUUUAUGGCUGCAUAGUAUGAAUGUGGCAACAGGCACUGAAAAGGAAAAGAUAUCGAACACUUUGUGGCUGCAUAGUAUGAAUGUGGCAACAUGCACUGAAAAGGAAAAGAUAUCAAACACUUUAUGGCUGCAUAGUAUGCAUGUGGCAACAGGCACUGAAAAGGAAAAGAGAUCGAACACUUUGUGGCUGCAUAGUAUGAAUGUGGCAACAGGCACUGAAAAGGAAAAGAGAUCAAACACUUUAUGGCUGCAUAGUAUGAAUGUGGCAACAGGCACUGAAAAGGAAAAGAGAUCAAACACUUUGUUUUUCGAAACGAAACAAUUUACGAUAGGUUGGAUUGGAUAUUACUUUUCAAUGAAUUCAUGGUUUGUACACCUUUAGGCUGAGCCCGGUAAUUUUUUACGGACAUUAACAUGAUGAAAUCUUCUCUGAAUUGUUUGUAAAAUCACGAACAAGUGAGAUGUCUAGCUACAUAUACAAUUUAGGGAUCUUGUAACACUGCAAGCAAUUGCUGAAUAACACAAACAAAAGGUUGUUGUUACAUGUAUGUAUACAUAUUUAGGCAAUUGCUGAUCAAGGUGGCAUUUGAUUGCAAGAAACGAGCUUUUGCUUUUGCUUAAAAAUAAAAACUUUUCCUUGUUAGCCACUGCUGAUUUUUAUGUAUGAAGAUGUAAGCAAAAGCCUAAUAACAAUAAUUAGGUUUUGCCUAAACAUAUUGUUAUAUGAAUGUAAGAAACUGUUAAUAAAAAAAAUUAAACGAACAUUGAAUGAUGGCAGAUGAAUCCAGUAAGUUGCAUCUACAUUAAAAUGCAAGUUUAAUGUACAGUGUAAACAAAGUAUUAAAUUCAUAUUCAAAAAUA